ACCGGUCCGGCAGGUUUGAGCGGCACAGAGCAGGUGAGGCAGCGGGGGAAGAAGGGCGGGGAGCCGCCGGAGCUCACUACAAGCAGGAAGAAGAGGAAAACAUGGUGCGGUGACUAAAGUCCCGGAUACCGACUGAUAAUAAGGAUUCAUCUUUUUAUAUCAAUCUGCGAAGGAAACCGGUUUUUCCUGACGCCGCCUCCUCUCCCCGGCUGUCUGAGUGAGAGCUGAACCUCCUACUCCCUCUCAGGUUUCACUGUCGUCGCUCAGACAUACCUGAGGUGCUAAGAUGAGUCGGCGGCGUGUAGACUCCCAGGGUUCCAUGGGGCCUGACGAUGAGGUCAUGCCAUACAGUGACGAUGAGACCGAUGACGAAUUAGGAGCAAGCUCUGAUGGAGAAGCAGAAGAACCACCAGGAGCCCCGCAGCCUCCAGUAGAAGUUAAACCCAGCGAGAUGGGAUGGAAAGUGAAAGCCAAUGAUCGACCUUACCACCACCUGCCAGAGUUUCAGAAAAAAGUCUUCCUGUGCAUCAAGAAGAGCAGAUACUCUGGCAACGGCAUUAAGACUUACAAGUAUAACGUCCUCACAUUCCUCCCCCUGAACCUGUACGAGCAGUUCAAGAGAGCUGCCAACCUCUACUUCCUGGCUCUGCUCAUCUUACAGAUCAUUCCAGAUAUUUCCACUCUGCCUUGGUAUACCACACUAAUUCCUUUGGUUGUGGUGCUGGGAAUUACUGCCAUUAAAGACCUGGUGGACGACCUGGCACGGCACAGGAUGGACAAGGAAAUCAACAACAGGAAGUCUGAGGUCCUGCUUGACGGCAGGUUUCAGGAGUCAAAGUGGAUGAACAUUCAGGUCGGAGACGUGGUUCGUCUGAAGAAAAACGACUUUAUUCCGGCUGACAUCCUGCUGUUAUCCAGCUCCAACCCAAACAGCCUGUGUUAUGUAGAAACUGCCGAACUGGAUGGAGAGACCAACCUGAAGUUUAAGAUGGGACUUAGAGUGACCGAUGAGAGGCUGCAGGAGGAGCAUCAGCUGGCUCAGUUUGAUGCUCUGAUUGAGUGCGAGGAGCCAAACAACCGCCUGGACAAGUUCGUGGGGACGAUGCUGUGGCAGGGGGAGCGCUACCCUCUGGACCUGGACAACAUGCUGCUCCGAGGCUGCAAGGUCAGAAACACGGAGGAGUGUCACGGGCUCGUCAUCUUCGCAGGUGCCGACACCAAAAUCAUGAGGAAUGGCGGGAAGACGAGGUUCAAGCGAACCAAAAUUGACGAGCUGAUGAACUACAUGGUUUACACAAUCUUUGUGCUGCUGAUCCUGGUGGCGGCGGGCCUGGCCAUCGGUCACACCUUCUGGUACGAGGAAAUCGGCUCUAAGGCCUGGUAUUUGUACGACGGCAAAAACCAGGACGCCUCCUACAGAGGCUUCCUCAGCUUCUGGGGAUACAUCAUCGUCCUCAACACCAUGGUGCCCAUUUCACUAUAUGUUAGUGUGGAGGUGAUUCGUCUGGGCCAGAGUAAGUUCAUCAACUGGGACCUGCAGAUGUAUUUCUCAGAGAAAGACACUCCAGCUAAGGCUCGAACCACCACCCUGAACGAGCAGCUCGGUCAGAUCCAGUACAUCUUCUCCGACAAGACGGGGACUCUGACGCAGAACAUCAUGCAGUUCAAGAAGUGCACCAUUGCCGGACGCAGCUACGGUUCCCCGACCACUGCUGAAGGAGUGACGCUGGACAGAGGAAGGCCGGUGGACUGGAGCUGGAACCGCUACGCUGACAGAAAGUUCCAGUUCAUGGAUCAUUCCCUGGUCGCCGUUGUCCGAUCCAAGAAGGACAAAGAUGCGACGGAGUUCUUCAAACUGCUCUCACUCUGCCACACGGUCAUGGUGGAGCACAAAGACGGUGAGCUGGUGUACCAGGCGGCGUCUCCUGACGAGGGCGCCCUGGUGACGGCAGCCAGGAACUUCGGCUACGUAUUCCUGUCUCGCACCCAGGACACUAUCACCAUCAGCGAGAUGGAGCAGGAGACAACGUAUGAAAUGCUGGCGCUGCUCGACUUCAACUCUGACCGCAAGCGCAUGUCCAUCAUCUUGAAGUUUCCCGAUGGACAUAUCCGUCUCUAUUGUAAAGGAGCAGACACAGUCAUCUAUGAGCGUCUCGCCCCCAACUCCAGAUACAAGGACACUACCCAGUCUGCUCUGGAUAUUUUUGCCAAUGAGACCUUGCGGACGCUGUGCUUGUGUUAUAAAGACAUCAGCGCCACAGAGUAUGAAGCCUGGUCCAGGAAACACAAAGAAGCCCAGGUGUCCUCGGCUGACCGAGAUGCUGCCCUCGACCAUGUAUAUGAGCAAAUUGAGAACAACCUGAUGCUGAUUGGGGCAACGGCCAUUGAGGACAAGCUGCAGGAUGGAGUACCGGAGACCAUCGCCAAACUGGCCAAGGCUGAUAUCAAGAUCUGGGUUCUGACAGGAGAUAAGAAAGAAACGGCAGAAAACAUUGGAUACUCCUGUUCACUUCUGACAGACGACAUGCAGAUCCACUACGGAGAAGACGUCAAUGAAAAGCUAAGGCUUCGUCAGGGCAACAGGAGAAACGAACCCUCAAAUUUCCAUCGUGGCAAAAAGAAACCCGCAGAACCUUUCUUCCCCGAGCCGGGCAAAAACGCUCUCAUCAUCACUGGAGGAUGGCUGAAUGAGAUUCUGUAUGAAAAGAAGAAGAAACGCCGUCGUUUGCGUCUUCGUCGUCUAGGAAAGCGACCGCCUCCCAGCAGCCCUCAGGACGGACAGCCGAUGAACGACUGGGAGAAAGAGAUGAGACAGAUUGACUUUGUGGACAUGGCCUGCGAGUGUGAAGCAGUCAUCUGCUGUCGUGUCACGCCGAAGCAGAAGGCCAACGUGGUGAGUUUGGUGAAGAAGUACAAGAAGGCAGUGACAUUGUCCAUUGGAGACGGAGCCAACGACGUAAACAUGAUCAAGACUGCAGACAUCGGUGUGGGGAUCAGUGGUCAGGAGGGAAUGCAGGCCGUCAUGUCCAGCGACUACGCCUUCGCUCAGUUCCGUUACCUGCAGCGCCUCCUGCUGGUGCACGGACGCUGGUCCUACAUUCGUAUGUGCAAAUUCCUGCGCUUCUUCUUCUUCAAGAACUUCGCCUUCACUCUGGUCCAUUUCUGGUACUCGUUCUUCAGCGGAUACUCCUCACAGGUCGCCUAUGAAGACUGGUUCAUCACUCUCUACAAUCUGUGUUACAGCAGCUUACCUGUUCUACUAGUUGGACUUCUUGACCAGGAUGUUAAUGACAAACUGAGCCUGAAAUUCCCAAAGCUCUACCUGCCUGGUCAGCAAGGGACACUGUUCAACUACAGGAACUUCUUCAUCAGCUUGUUCCACGGCAUCUUCGUCUCGCUUAUCAUCUUCUUCAUCCCCUAUGGAGCCUUCCUGCAGACCAUGGGGCAGGACGGAGAAGCCCCCUCUGACUACCAGUCGUUUGCCGUCGUCACCGCCUCGUCGCUGAUUUUUACCGUCAACCUGCAGAUCUCUCUGGACACCUCCUACUGGACCUUUGUCAACUGCUUUGCGGUUUUGGGCAGCAUAGCCAUUUACUUUGGCAUCAUGUUUGACAUCCACAGUGCUGGGAUUCACGUCAUCUUCCCCUCAGCGUUCACCUUCACGGGUGUAGCAUCAAAUGCCCUGCGUCAGCCUUACCUGUGGUUAACCAUCAUCCUGACUGUAGGCAUCAGCCUGCUGCCCGUCAUCUGCAUCCAGUUCCUCCAUAAAACCAUCUGGCCCUCUGUAGGAGACAAGGUCCAGAGAAACAGGAAAAAGUACGAGAUGGAGAUGGAGGAGGAGGAGAAGAAGAAGCGGCCGCCAGCCUUCCAGCGUGGCCAGCGUUCCCGCCGCUCCGCCUACGCUUUCUCUCACUCCCGUGGCUACGCAGACCUCAUCUCGUCUGGGCGGAGCAUUCGGCGGCGCCCACCGGCCCGUGGUGGACCGCAGGACAGCAUCAGGGAGGUUCCCCAGAGGGAGGCCGAAAACAUCUGAGGAGCGGGAGGCCACGGAGCAAAACUGUAGCCAGACGGGUUUUAAAUAUUUGCGAAAGUGCGAGGAGCGCUUGGUUUCAUCUUCAUUUUUAUCUGUGGAGUUGCUGCUGAAAUGGUCAACAUCAGGAGCUAUGCACAGAAACAACACAACAACCUGGUCGGAGUUUGAGUCAACUUUCUUCUUUGAGGGAUUUCAGUACUGUAGGAGCUAAAAUAAGCUCCUCAUUUAGUUUCAGAAAGUUACCACCAGCGUGUGCGCCUGAUCUGCAGAAAGUUGAAUGAAGCGCUACGGAAUGUGUUUUUGGCUCCAGUUUGUGACCUUUGACUCCACCCGCCCCCACUUCCUCCUGUAUCCACAGACACUCUGUUAAAAUGCAAAAAAAAAAAAAAAGCUCACCGAAAAGACGACCGCCGUUAUGGGGUUUGAAGUCAUGCAGUGACUGUGUGACUGAUAAUGUUGUUUAACUCAGGACUUUUUAAAUCACAGCCUCAUUUUUAAUCAAGUCUGUCCCUGCUCACCAGUGCUGAGGCUCUGGAUGAGGAGACGUAAUGUGGUUUAAUAAGACACUUUUGGACGUUCACAGUUUUAGCCCGAUGUCUGCGGAGCACUUGAUGUGUCGGCGCUUUAUUAAAAUUAAAACCUAAUCCUAGUUCAUUUGUCCAUUAGCGACAUGAAAUCACAUCGCCACAUUUAUUUGGUUUAUUUCUGUCCGUUGAGAUGCAAACCCAGAACGUUUUCCCCCUCACAUUAAAGACAGCGAGCUGAAGCUAAACAUGUCUAGGUAUCUUCUUUUAACGUUUUAUUGUAAAUAAUGGUGGGACGUUAUUAUGCCAGGCUAUGCAAGGUGGUCAGAUGUUAUAAAGUGUGUCUUAAUUUAAAAAUAAGUUGUGAAUGUGAUUUUUUUCUCCUCUGCUGUAGAAAAUGUCCUUACAGAUGGACGGUGUAAACUCUUAAACAUACCUCUGUCAAAGCUGGAUUAUACCCCCCAUUUUUUUUUCCUUUUCUUUCUUUUGUUUUCUUUGCUGUAAAUAAACAGCAGUGUCUCAGUGUCAAUUUGCAGAAUGUAAAUUCAGUUGCUCCUCACUUCUGAGGGGGACAGAGACUCAGGAAAGAGGUCUUAGAUAAUCUUCUUUUGAUUAUGACAAUUGUUUAUUCUUUUCUUCCUGUUUUCUUAACUCCUUGGAGGUUAAAUCACACGUUGUUGUUGUUGUUUUUUUUUUGAGUGUGUGCACCUCACUGGUUGUUUACAGUGAACCCAAAGAAGUUAUAUAAUCUGAUUUAGGAUAUCUGCUAAACAAAGCCAAAACUGACAUAUACCUGUUCUGACUGUUACUGUACCUGUCAUACUAGUGUUACUGUAUAUGGAUCUUUUUAUUACUGAAUGAAUGGAGGCAGUAGGUCAUGACUGAGUUUGAUCUCUGUCAUAUGAUGGUGUUUUAUCAUGUGGUUGUUAAUAAAAGCCAAGGGCACAUUUAGCAAUC